AUGGGCUUCUCCUUCCAGCCACUGCCGCAACAUCAGCAGGCCAUGGUAUAUGCUCUUUUCGAGAGAACUUUCCCGAUAUGCUCGAUGAUAACAUUCAGCAACAAGGAGUUCUGGCAUUCGUGCGUGCACGAUACCGGGAAACAAGGACCACAAGGGCCGCAUGGACCACAAGGUGAACAUGGGCCACAUGGUCCGCAUGGACCACAGGGACCGCAUGGACCACAAGGACCGCAAGGGCCACAUGGACCACAAGGUCCACACGGUCCGCAAGGACCGCACGGUCCUCCACAGGGUCCAGGGAAGGGAAGCACCGGCGAGCAAGCUCCACAUGGAGGUCCACAAGGUCCGCAAGGUCCGAAUGGGCCACAUGGAGAGCAAGGUCCGCAGCAUGGUCCACAAAUUGGUCCGCAAGGUCCACACGGACCACAAGGCCCACAUGGACCACAAGGUCCACAUGGACCGCAAGGCCCACAUGGACCGCAAGGACCACAUGGGCCACAAGCUGGAGCGCAAGGUCCACAAGGUCCGCAAGGUCCACAAGGUCCGCAGGGUCCACAAGGUCCACACUAA